AUGUCUUUCGCCGUGGCUGUGCAGUCGGCCAUCUUCUACAUAUGCGCUUGCACCCCAUGCGCGCAAGCUAGGGAACAUCGUCAAUCGAAGAAGAAGGCAGAAAAGGCUCGAGAAGAGAAGAUACGGAUACAAAAUGAAAAUCCACACCUGUAUAAACAACCCGACCCUUUUAACACCAAUCCAUACUGGUCCGAGGAGAUUAUGAUGGGCCCGAGUCUGCCAAGAAAGAAAUCAGGCCCGGCAAGUAAGAACACGAGCCAGCGCGCUCUCAAUAGCGCAGGCAGGGAGAGCAGGAGCACCACAGCCAGCAGCAUAGCUGUUGGCACCGUUCACAUCGGUAGCAGUCCCACUGUUGUGCCUGAGGAUGCCGAGUCCAGCUUCUCCACAGACAUGUCCAAGACCUAUUCGGACGACUGGAACAAGAAGAGGUACCAGCGUGAGGACGAGGAGCUUUGGGGCCGUGAGUUUUCUUUGGCCGGCCACAGGUUGAUGGAUGUCAUUAAGCAGGCAGGAUCUUCGGCUGGCCGCAUGCUCGAGGCCACAUUGGGAAAAGACCCGAGACCUGUGACGGAAGAAGACCGAACCAACUUCUAUUCUCCGGUCAAAAACCCCCCUGUGAACGAGUACCAUCCUCCUAUUGUCAGCCAACGCCCGAAGAACAAGGAUGCAGCCAAGUGGAUGCUUCAACCACCACCGCCCGCCAAAGUGAUGGAGGGCAAGGUGCCGGUUAGUAGAAGCACGAGUUUAGCAAGCCAGGCAAGUCGGCGGACCAUGGCCAGUGAUGGUCCUGCGCUUGGAAGGCAGGUCCAGGAGAAGAUGCUAUCUGCAAAGCUCCGAAGCGGGGAAGCGCCCAUGGAAGGAGAUCUCGCAGCCUCAGUGCGCCGGGUAUCGUACAGGAGGAGAAAUACCUCGUCCAGCAGGGGAGGCAGGAGCCAGCGAAGCACCAGGAGUCGUAGUCUUUCGUUGGAAUCCUCAGAUGCGUCGGAUGAGAUUAAGAAGCAGCAGCGGAGAAGGCCUCGAGCCCGACCACCGAUUACACCUGAGGUGGAUUCAUCAGAAGAUGAGGACUAUUUGCGGGGAAGCAUCGACUCGCUGGGUAUUAUGACGAAAGCUGCGCGACGUCCAAAGUUGCAAACGAUACGUGGUUCUCAGGCGAGCAGUGUGAAGGAGGGCGAGAGCAGAGAUAAGUUGCCAGAAAAACCAGACACUCAGGCAGCUCAGCCCCAGCCGUCGCCGCUGCGAGAUAUCUCGAAUAUCUCGCCGCAGUCCAAGCUACAGCCCACGACACCCAACAAAGUGCUCUCGACAAUGUCGAGCACCCCCACGCUGCCAUCCCCGGCAUAG